CAUUUUGCAUCAACUCUCCUGCCUGUUCCUCCCUCUGAGGAGAGGGGUGUGUGCAACUGUCUACCUGUGUCUCACAGAGUGCCAUCUCACCUGGGGGUCUCAUCUUCCAGCACUGUCCCGUGUUGCAGGAUACAUCUGGGGGGUCAAGGCUGAGGGAGAACCAUCUGAAGUAUCACUGGAAAAAGCUGAGGAGCAGAUGCAGGAGCAGAAACUGAGGAGUCAAGAUGGAGCAAAGAGACAACAGGAGAGACAGACUCACACAGGGGACAAACCUUAUCAAUGCUUGGAAUGUGGAAAGAGCUUCAGGUGGAGUAGCCACCUUACUAGGCAUCAGAGAUGUCACACAGGAGACAAACCUUAUCAAUGCUUGGAGUGUGGAAAGAGCUUCAGUCAGAGUACCCACCUUACUUUGCAUCACAAAACUCAUACAGGGGACAAACCUCAUAAAUGCUUGGAGUGUGGAAGAAGUUUCAGGUGGAGAAACGAACUUAUGGUGCAUCAAAGAACUCACACAGGGGACAAACCUUAUAAAUGCUUGGAGUGUGGAAAGAGCUUCAGGUGCAAUAGCCACCUUACUAGGCAUCAGAGAUGUCACACAGGGAACCAACCUUAUAAAUGCUUGGAGUGUGGAAAGAGCUUCAGUGACAGUAGCACCCUUACUUCACAUCAAAGAACUCACACAAGGGAUAAACCUUAUCAAUGCUUGGAAUGUGGAAAGGGCUUCUGUCAGAGUGGCCACCUUACUUUGCAUCAAAGAACUCAUACAGGGGACAAACCAUAUCAAUGCUUGGAGUGUGGAAAGAGCUUCAGUCAGAGUGGCACUCUAAGUAUACAUGAAAGAACUCAUACAGGGGAUAAACCGUAUCAAUGCUUGGAGUGUGGAAAGAGCUUUAGUGACAGUAGCACCCUUAUUGUGCAUCAAACAAUUCACACAGGAGACAAACUUUAUACAUGCUUGGUGUGUGGAAAGAGCUUCAGGUGGAGAAGCGCCUUUAUUGAACAUCGAAGAACUCACACAGGGGACAAAUCUUAUAUAUGCUUGGAGUGUGGAAAGAGCUUCAGUCAGAGUAGCCACCUUACUUCGCAUCAAAGAUUUCACACAGGAGACAAACCUUAUAAAUGCUUUGAGUGUGGAAAGAGCUUCAGUCAGAGUAGCCACCUUACUUCACAUCAAAGAUUUCACACAGGAGACAAACCUUAUAAAUGCUUCGAGUGUGGAAAGAGCUUCAGUCAGAGUAGCACCCUUACUUCACAUCAAAGAACUCACACAGGGGAUAAACCUUAUAAAUGCUUGCAGUGUGGAAAGAGCUUCAGUUCGAGUAGCCACCUUACUUCACAUCAAAGAACUCACACAGGGGACAAACCUUAUAAAUGCUUUGAGUGUGGAAAGAGCUUCAGUCGGAGUAGCACCCUUACUUCACAUCGAAGAACUCACACAGGGGACAAACCUUAUACAUGCUUGCAGUGUGGAAAGAGCUUCUGUUGGAGUAGCAACCUUACUUUGCAUCAAAGAACUCACACAGGGGUCAAACCUUAUAAAUGCUUGGAGUGUGGAAAGAGCUUCAGUCAGAGUGGCACCCUUACUUCACAUCAAAGAUUUCACACAGGAGACAAACCUUACAAAUGUUUGGAGUGUGGAAAGAGCUUCAGUCACUAUAGCACCCUUAGUAAACAUGAAAGAAUUCACACAGGGGUCAAACCUUAUAAAUGCUUGGAGUGUGGAAAGAGCUUCAGUCAGAGUAGCACCCUUACUUUGCAUCAAAGAACUCACACAGGGGACAAACCUUAUAAAUGAUUCGAGUGUGGAAAAGCUUCAGGUGGAGUAUUGCCUUUACUCAACAUCAAAGAACUCACAUGGGACAAAGCUUAUAAAUACUUGGAGUGUGGAAAGAGCUUCAGUGACAGUAGCACCUUUACUUCUCAUCACAAAACUCAUACAGGGGACAAACCUUAUAAAUGGUUUGAGUGUGGGAAGACAUUCAGUCGGAGUACCACCCUUACUUUACAUGAAAGACAUCACACCGGGGACGGACCUUAUCAAUGCUUGGAGUUUGGAACAAGCUUCAGUCAGUGAGGCCACCUUACUUCGCAUCACAGAACUCACACAGGGGACAAACCUUAUAUAUACUUCAAGUGUGGAAAAAGCUUCAGUGAAAGAUGCGCCCUUACGGUGCAUGAAAGAAUUCACACAGGGGACAAAUCUUAUAAAUGUUUCAAAAACUGAAGGACUAUGUUAGGAUUGUGUCCAACAAAUUUGACAGCCACAGAUCAUAAGAUCUGAUAAUGGAGGGGAACAUGUGUCUAUGGCUAUGCAAGGCUUUCUCCAUGAGGAAGGCAUAGAGCACCAGACUACAGUUGUCUUCAACCCAGAGCAGAAUGGGGUUGUGGAGAGAAUGAACAGGACUCUUGGACAAAUGGUUCGUUCCUUGUUGGAUGAUGCGCAGUUACCAAAUGAGUACUGGGGAGAAGCUGCGGCUAUUGCUAUUUACCUGCAGAACCACCAUUUAAACUGUGACAUGGUAGGAUACCAAGUAUGUCUCACCUUUGUGUAUUUGGGUGCAAGGCCUUUGUGCACAUCCCAAAACAAAAGAGAUCCAAACUUGACAACACUGCCAAGGAAGUAAUACUCAUUGGGUAUUCUCCAACGCAGAAGGGAUACAGAGUCAUAGAUCCCAAAACUGGCAAAGUUGAAGGAUGCAGAGCUGUCCAUUUUGAUGAAAAAAGUGCACACACCGACCAGAAGAGGCGCCACACCAAACAGAUGACAGCAAAAUGGAAGAAGCUGAGCCAGAAGAGGCAACAGGGCCAGAAGGAGCAGCCAAAGCGCCAGCACCCAGACACUCUGAACUCACCAACAGAGGUGUACUAUCAGAGAGACUUGCUUACCCCAUAAGAGAUGAACUUCCAGAGCCAGAGACAAUAGAUGGACUUACUUACUGAUUUAUGUUGAUGAUCUGCUGUUGGCUUAUCAAGAUCCAAUGGACAAGCAACAGGUAGUAAAUCAUCUCAACAAGGAGUUUGAAGUGAAGUGCCUGGGUGAUGUCACUCACUACCUUGGAAUGCAAAUUGAAAGAGAGGGUGAUGGAUCCUUCUUGCUGAAUCAAAAACAAAAGAUCCAAAACCUUCUCGAGAGUCUAGGACUGAAGGAUGCACAUCCAGCACCUACUCCAAUGGAAGUAGGGUACCGGAAACAGACCAGAACAAACAAUCAUGGGAAGACCAAGAGAGCUAUAGACAAGCUAUUGGAAAAAGUCUGUAUAUCAGCACUGUUUGCAGGCCAGAUGUGGCGGGAGCAGUGGGAUACUUGUGCAGGAAAACCAGCUCGCCAACCAGAAAGGCCUGGGAAUCAAUAAAGAGAGUGGUGAGAUGUCUAAAGGGCACUGCAGCAAUGAAACUAAAGUUGACAGCUACCCGAGAUCCCAGGCUAGAGGGAUAUGAAGAUGCUGAUUGGGCUGAAGACACUACAGAUCGAGACUGUAGCACUCUCUCCCACAGAAGCAGAGUAUGUGUCAGCUUCUGAAGCAAGCAGACAGCUGAUGUGGCUGCUUGAACUGUUCAAAGAUUUAGGCAUCUCUAUACCUGGGCCUGUUGUGAUGCAUGAGGACAACCAAGGAUGCAUCAGACUCAUGCAGUCAGAAGGGGUGAGUUCACAGACCAAGCACGUAGACGUGAAGCACCAUUUCAUUAGAGAUACCUACCGCAGAGGACUACUCAAUAUGGAGCAUUGUCCAGCAGAAGACAUGACUGCAGAUGCUCUCACGAAGGCGCUGGGCAAAGUCAGACAUUGCAAGCUGCGAGACAAGAUGAACCUCGUGGGGUGAACCAAACGCUCGUUGAGAAGGGGUGUUGGAAGUGGGGCCAGAGCAACUCCUGGUCUGUUCUUUUGUUUGUGCUCCGGAAGGGAGGUAGAGCGAGGGUCCUCCAGAUGGAUAGGCUUGUUUACCUUUUAACUGUGAUGUUCUGACUAACUUCCUUCUGGUACUAGACUGUGACGCCUUUAGGAAAGCUUACCUGCCCCUCCUCCUUCCGCCCUUUCCACUCCUUUGUCUUCCGACUGUCUGGGAGAGAGGAGACAUCCCUUUGUCUCUCUCCAAGCAUGGGGCUGACUCCCACACCUGGGCAUUAUGCCUCCAACUUAGUUGGUUAGUUAGAACUAGGUAUGCCUUUUCUAUCUACUAUGUAUUUCUCUAAAUAAAGUAGCUUUUCUUAUUUUACUAACUCUCCAGUCUCAGUGAUGCUGAUGCAGGGUAAAAGCCUGCUUUCUUAGGCAAACACACGCAUGCGCUGGCACACUCGCAUUUCAACAUCUGCUGUUACUCUCUGCUUGCUG